AUGCUCUCGGGUAUCCUGAUCUUCAAUCAGAAGGGCGAGAACCUCAUCUUCCGCGCUUUCCGCAGCGACUGUCGACCGCGCCUGGCUGAUAUCUUCCGCAUCCAAGUCAUCUCCAACCCGCAGGUCCGCUCCCCGAUCCUGACACUAGGCUCGACCACCUUCAGCCAUGUCAAGCACGAGAAUAUCUACCUGGUCGCUGUGACCAAGAGCAAUGCCAAUGCUGCUCUGGUCUUCGAGUUCCUGUACCGGCUUAUCAUGCUGGGUAAGAGCUACUUUGGCAAGCUGGACGAGGAGGCCGUCAAGAAUAACUUUGUGUUGAUUUACGAAUUGCUUGAUGAAAUCCUCGACUUUGGAUACCCACAGAACACCGACCCCGAUACGUUGAAAAUGUACAUCACCACCGAAGGUGUCAAGUCAGCCAUCGCGAACUCGCCAACAGACUCUAGCCGAAUCACCAUGCAAGCAACGGGCGCGCAAUCAUGGCGCCGUGCUGAUAUUAAGUACCGCAAGAACGAAGCCUUCGUAGACGUGAUCGAAGACGUCAAUCUCCUGAUGUCAGCGACCGGCACCGUCCUGCGCGCCGACGUCAACGGUCAGAUCGUCAUGCGAGCAUAUCUCACCGGUACACCGGAAUGCAAAUUUGGACUCAACGACCGAUUGCUCCUCGACACCAGCGACACCACGGGUGCAGCGAAGAGCCGCGGUGGUGGCGGGACAUCAGGUGCUGGAAAGGCGACCCGAGCUGCGGCGGGCUCUGUCACACUUGAGGACUGUCAAUUCCAUCAAUGCGUUAAGCUGGGGCGAUUCGAUGCAGACCGGAUUAUCUCGUUCGUGCCGCCGGACGGCGAGUUCGAGUUGAUGCGGUACCGGGCUACGGAGAAUGUAAACCUUCCGUUCAAAGUUCAUCCUAUUGUGCGGGAGAUUGGUACAACGAAGGUCGAGUACAGUGUGGCCAUCAAGGCGAAUUAUAGUGCGAAGCUGUUUGCGACGAAUGUCAUCAUUCGUAUUCCCACUCCGCUAAACACGGCCACGACUACCGAACGUACUAGUCAGGGCCGUGCGAAGUAUGAGCCCGAGCAUAACAAUAUUGUUUGGAAGAUUCCUCGGUUCUCUGGCCAGGCUGAGUUUGUUCUCAAUGCGGAGGCUACGCUUACUUCCAUGACACACCAAAAGGCUUGGAGUCGGCCGCCGCUUAGCCUUUCGUUUAGUCUUCUUAUGUUUACCUCGUCUGGUCUGCUGGUGCGCUAUCUGAAGGUCUUUGAGAAGAGCAAUUACAGCUCUGUUAAGUGGGUGCGCUACAUGACCCGCGCUGGUAGCUACGAAAUCCGAUUUUAA